AUGUAUGAAUUAAAUAAUAUAGAAGGAAAAGGAAAAGAUGCUACUGCUGACUAUUCUUCGACAAAAUAUACUUCAUUAGACUCUUCACUAUCAAUAUCAACGACGAAAUCCAAACGUCCUGUAAAAUUAAAUCCUCCAUUAUGGAACACGUUGGAAUUUUAUAUUCAUUUCUUUAUCGUAAUCAUCUCCAUUGUAUAUAUGUUUUAUGUAGGAUAUCAUAUAAGUAAAGAGGAUGGAUGGCUUUUUGGACGUAAAGAUAACAGUGACGCGCAAUUUGCGUCAUUCCGAGAUAAUUAUGGAGCCUUACUAUUGGCUUUAAUAUCUUAUUUAUUUCUUUCCCAUUUAUAUCGAAUUUACUUUGUACCAAAGUCCCCAGCGAAAUUAUCAACGCAACCACUUCGCAGAACCUAUUUUUUCCUGUCAUUUGCAUUAAUAUUCCUUUAUAUCCUUUUUGGAAAUAGUUUAUUUAAAAUAUUGAUCAUCUUGAGCAUUAAUUUUUUAAUUACAAUGACAUUACAAGGAUCAAAGUUGAAUCCUAUCAUUACUUGGAUAUUUAAUUUGGCUGUUCUAUUCGCUAAUGAAAGAUAUGAUGCGUAUAAAUUUGAAUGGAUUAAUGAAAGCCUCGCAUUUUUGGAUUCAAAUGUAGGAUUAUUAGCUCGAUGGGAUGUCACAUUUAACAUUUGCAUGUUACGUAUGGUGUCAUUUAAUAUGGAUUAUUAUUGGUCAUAUCAUCCCUCACCAGAUUCGACUGAGUUGAGGUAUCCAAAAGAAAUUGACAUAAAAUCAACAUUCUUUUAUGGAGUUAGAUUAAUAGCGGCAAUACUUACGAUGGAAAUAAUGUUACAUUUUAUUUAUGUUGUAGCUAUAAGUAAAUCAAGAGCAUGGAUGGGUUUUACUCCUUUUGAAUUAAGUAUGUUGUUGAUUAUAUGGAGAUUUUUUAGAUUUUGGGCAAUGGCCGAUGGAUUCGAAGUACAAGAGAAUAUGUUGAGAUGCAUGUUAAAUAACUAUUCUACGUCGGGAUUUUGGAGAAGAGUAAAAUAUUCAACAUAUAACAUGUUGAUCGUAUUUACAUUUGUCGCAUUAUGGCAUGAUAUAUCAUUGAAGUUAUUAGCAUGGGGUUGGUUAAUUUGGAUAUUUAUUUUACCUGAAACUAUAGUUACUAGGAUAUUCACUGAAAAGAGGUUUGGAGAUUACCCAUAUUAUAGACAUUUAUGUGCAGUUGGUGGUGUAUUAAAUUUACUCACCAUGUGGGCUGCAAAUUUGGUCGGAUUUGCCGUUGGAUUAGACGGUAUGAAAGUAUUGUUAAGUGAUAUUUUUAGAACAUCUGAUGGUCUUAUAUCACUCGGUAUAUGUUGCAUUUCUAUAUUUUGUGCUGUUCAAAUAAUGUUUGAAAUCCGAGAAGAGGAGAAAAGAAAGAACAUUAACCAAGAGAUUAGAUAUUAA